AUGAAAAGUGUGUCGUCUGCGAAUUGUAAAUGGGAUACCUCCACCCCUUCUCUUCCUAAUUUAAUUCCUUUAAGAUUAUUAGUUUGCUCAGCCCUUUGUAUUAGUCCUGUAAGACCCUCAGCCACUAUCAAGAAUAAGAAUGGGGCUAGUGGAUCGCACUGCCUUAAUCCCCUUCUCAUUGGGAAUUCGGUUGUGGGACAGCCGUUAGCCAUAAUGGAAAUCAUUGUUGAUUCCAAGCAUUCUCUUAUCCAUUUGGACCAAGUUUCCCCAAAUCCUAGUCUCUUUUUGUUCCAUACACUAAGGAUUCCCCCUGAUCUUCCCACUGAUGGCUUAAAAGCCCAUCCUAUUUCCUCACUCCCCCACAGGGUUAUAUUUGGUGAAAGCGCUCCACGACCAGAGUUCAUGCAAACGGAGCCUAGAAUGUCGACGACGGAGGCUUUAACCGACGACGAGUCCACAAUGCGAAUUAGCAGCGCGGCGUCGCCGAUGAGUCCUUAUCACUACGAAAAUGGAAGGCUGAGCGGCGAGGGUUCUCCGAUGAUGAUGUCGCCGUGGAACCAGACCACGAAUACGCCGUUUAUGAAGGUGCAGUGGUCGCAGAGCGAAGACGGGAGCCUGCCGCAGAACGCACUCGUAGGUUCUCUUGUCCGAGAGGAGGGACACAUAUACUCGCUGGCGGCUUCGGGCGACCUCUUGUACACGGGGUCGGACAGCAAGAACAUCCGCGUGUGGAAGAAUUUGCAGGAGUAUUCGGGGUUCAAAUCCAACAGCGGAUUGGUGAAAACCAUAAUUCUCUCGGGGCAGAAGAUCUUCACCGGACACCAGGACGGGAAAAUCCGCGUCUGGAAGGUUUCGCCCAAGAACCCGAGCGUGCACAAACGCGCCGGCACGUUGCCCACGCUUAAAGACAUCUUCAAGAGCUCCAUUAAACCCAGCAACUACGUCGAGGUUCGGCGACACAAAACGGCGUUAUGGAUAAGGCAUUCAGACGCCGUUUCGUGUUUGAGUCUCUCUGAUAACAAGUUGUAUCUGUACUCUGCGUCGUGGGACAGAACCAUCAAGGUGUGGAGGAUCGCAGACUCCAAGUGCCUUGAGUCCAUCCACGCGCACGACGACGCCGUCAACGCGGUGGUGUGCGGCGAGGAUGCGGUGAUGUUUUCGGGCUCGGCGGACGGAACGGUGAAGAUGUGGCAGCGGGAGGUACGGGGGAAGGGGCUGAAGCACGCGGCGGUGAAGACGCUCCUGAAGCAAGAGUGCGCGGUGACCGCGCUGGCAGUUGACGCGACAGCGUCGAUGGUGUACUGUGGCGCCUCCGACGGGAUGGUAAACUUCUGGGAGAGCGAGAAGGGCUACGCUCACGGCGGCGUCCUCAAGGGCCACAAGCUGGCCGUGCUUUGCCUCACCGCCGCGGGAGCGUUACUGUUCAGCGGCUCCGCCGACAAGACCAUAUGUGUGUGGAGAAGAGAAGGUACGAUUCACACGUGCGUGUCGGUUCUCACGGGUCACGACGGUCCGGUGAAGUGCCUCGCCGUGGAGGAGGACCGCGAAUCUGCUGCCAGCAGAGACCGGCGUUGGGUUUUGUACAGUGGCAGUUUGGACAAAUCGGUUAAGGUUUGGAGCGUAUCGGAAUCGAUGGACAAUAAUCAGUUGAUGCACCAGCGCAUGGCCUCUGAUGCGGACUCGUUGCCCUCCGUCUCCGAUAGUAGCCUAUCUUUGGGCUGGGCCAAUGGGAGAAACUGA